CAAACUGAAGUCUCUACUCUACUCUACCCGUUUCAAGUCGUUUCGGUUUACUAGUAUUAGUCCGGUUGACUAAAACCGGUCCGGUUUCUAGAGAGACUUGUCUGCAAAGAUGAGUUUUCUUUUCUUCUUCUCCUCCUCGAAUGAGAAAAUCAGAAUUUUGUUGGAAGAAGAAAGAAAAAUAAAAAUCUGGUUUUUAUUUGGGGGUUGAUUAGGUCUUUUUUGUUCAAUCUCUGGGAAUUUUCAAUUUGACUAAUGAACUCAGAUUCAGGCGAGGCACCCGCUGAUGGCGAUAAAGCAUCUACAGAAAACAGCAAGAAACGGAAGCUUAAGACUCCUAUCCAAGUUAUGACGCUGGAGAAUUUCUACAAUGAGCAUAAGUAUCCGACCGAAGAAAUGAAGGGUAAGUUGGCAGAGGAAAUAGGAUUAACUGAGAAGCAAGUUUCAGGUUGGUUCUGCCAUAGAAGGUUGAAAGACAAACGUUCUGUAAAAGAAGAUGGGACCAACAUCGGGAGCCAAGACAGGUCAAGCGUUGUUCUUCAGGAUCGUGGAAGUGGGCUUCGACAGGAUUCAUGUGGUAGCACUAAGCAAACGGAUUAUUGGAACCCGAAGCCUAGGGAAGUUGAAAGUCAAAGGCUUUAUGAAGGAUCUUACAUGGGAAAUGCUGAUGGUGAAGAUAGUACAUCUUCUGAACGUAGCUCAUCAUUACAUAAGAAUUUUGUCUCUAGCAAAGAUGGAAUCCGCGAUGUGGAAAGUUCUAUAUAUGUUACGCAUAAUGACGUUAUCCAGCAUCCUCAACUCAUGAGAAGCUAUGGAUAUAAUAAGCCUUCGGGAUACUUGAAAGUUAAGAGAGAGAGUGAGAAUGUUUCUAUCACAGCUGUAAAGAGACAAUUAGGAAGACAAUACCAAACAGAUGGUCCACCUCUGGGGAUUCAAUUUGAUCCACUUCCUCCUGGUGCAUUUGAGCCUCAAACUAAUGCUAUUGUGCAGGAGCCAAUCUAUGUUGGGAAUCAAAGACGGCCUCACCCUCCACAUUUACUUGGAACGAGGAAGAGCUUUAAUCCUGGUCCUAGCUAUGAAUUAGCUCGUAAACUGAAGAUGCAUUCGCCAGAUCCAGAUUCGGAGGAGGAGGAGGAGGAUGAUGACAACAUAAUGAUUGGAAUGGAGCCUGGUCUAAGAGACAGAAAGAGUCUUGGGGAACCAAGACUGAAAUCCCCUUCUCCCAGUUUCUAUAAUACUGUCCCUAACCACAAACCCUUUCAAGAGACAUUCAAAGGUUCACCACGAGAACUCCCCGUAACUAACAACAAGAAGGGUCGAAUAAGCUCCAAGAGUUGGGCUGAAGGUUCGAGAAACAAUAUGAUUGCCAACUUCCAUAAUCUUCCUGGAAGCAAUACUGAAACCAAUCAAACUCAUAAUUACGAUAAAAAGAUAUUCAACGGUGGACACAAGACCGGAUAUCUCACUAAAUCUUCAAAGCUGUUGCCUCCGAGUAGAAGCCGAUCCCCUGACUCUAUAGAUAGAGGUCCAUCUUCUGUGAUGGUGGGAAAGUUUCACGGAGAGAGGAAUCAAACGAAAACGCAUAGAGAGAAAUUGCAUUCGACUGAUGAACCGCUGGUUACAAAACAAGUGGAAGAUGACUAUCUUCAGCAAGAUUAUGCACCAAAAUCAUCAUACAGCGAGAUUCUAGAAAGAGAAGGCCAGAUAAAUCGGUCUGGCGUGGAAUUGCCCUCUAGUUUAAGUGGGGACGAUGAUGAGACAGACGAAUCUAGUAGCUCUUCUAUGUAUUGAGAGUCUAAAGGUACAAAAGGGAAGAUUAGGAGAUUCCGGUUUGUAUAGAUAUAUGAUGAAACCGGAUUAGGAUGUGAAAAGAAAAAGUUACAUGGUGUAAUUGGUAAAAAAAGUUGAGCUCCCUUCAUUUUGGUAACUAAUAUAUAUGGUCCCCAAAGAGAGAACACAGCGACAGCGUGACCAAAGUAUGAGCAGUAUCUAGUGGCCGUUACCGGUUUGACAGGAUUGAUUUGAGAAUUGUGAAUUAAAAAAAAAAAAAAAGCAAGGCCCAUUUGUUUAUAAAAAGCUCAAAUUAGGCCCAAGAUAUUUUGAUAAGCCGGUUCAAAAGGGCUGUUAAGAAUUAAAAAAAAAAACAAAAGCGAGUGACUAGAGGUUUCAGAAAACCCUAGCCAGAGAGAAGAGAAGAGAAAGAGAGAAUAUGUCGAUGUGUGGAAGCUGCGCCGAGCCAUUGGUCAACACUCCGGGCUCAGAUUGGCUCAAUCUGAAGUGUCUGAGUUGUGCAAGUAAAUUUUGUCACAACUGUGGUUAUCGACCACACUUUCCAGCCAUUUGUCGUGAGAAUGAGCUUUGGGUGUACAGGCAACGUCAAUCUGAGCGUGGGCCUGAGGUCUCUAGAUGAGAAAGAGACUGGGAUUAUUUGGACAGGGUAUGAUCUGUUUUGUAUUUCAUGAUCCUUAGUCUCGUCGAAGCUUGAUUGAUACCUUCUCUUUUUAUGAGGCAGGAUAUUUUAAAGAGUAACAUAUGUUACGAAAAUUACUUCUCUGAGCCCCAACUCUCCUAUUUAUUGCUGGAGGUACAUAACUGCUGUCUGUUUGUUUGCUUGGCAUGUGUUUGGAAACCUGUUUGUUUGCUUGGCCGAUUAAUUCACCAAUUAAUUCAUGUGUUUGGAAACAGCACAUCCGAUUAAUUCACCAAAAACAUGUGUUUGUUUGCUUGGCCGUGUAGAUUGAUUACACAUGAUUUAGCUUUUGGUUGGGAUUUUGGUAUUUUGAACAUUUUUCUUGAAUCCGAGACAUCAAUUUCAAAUGUUUGUGCCUGUUCAUGUAUUCAGAUGCACCGAACGAUCCAGAUCUUUCGCUGGCUGCUAGUCAUCUUUUGUGAGAACAGGUUUACUCUACCCUGACUACUCUACAUUGAACGAACAAUUUGAUGUAUUCAUCGACUCAUUCCCUACUCCCAGACAGCCAGUACUUGAGGAUAGUCUUGCCACUGCCCGGUCUGCUAUUGGGGAUGCAGUGGGGGCCCUUCUUUCUAGUCUAAAAACUGCAAGACUAGCGUCCGCAAUGGUUUUCGCGAUCCCUUUUCAGCCUUUGAUUUCCACACGCGUACCAUUUACCUUUGUCCAAAAUGAGCUCCCCGUCUUGAUGCCAUUGAGCUUGACGAUUCCCACCGAGGAACCACCGACUGAAGGCGGUGAUGAUGUAUCCUACUGGGCUCUUCUCCACCUCGAGACUGCUCCCUGGAAGGACGGUUAUCGUCGCAGGAGGCUUUAAAAACUAUUUCAAUGUCAACAAUUGCGGCAAUUGUUUAAAAUACUUUUUUUGACUGAUUGACUGUUCAAAUAUUCCAAUGUCUGCCUACUUUUUCAUUUGUUUUAUUCCCCCAAUUUGAACAUGCUAGAUGAUAUAAAAAUUGAUUUGGGGUCU